AUGGGCACCUUUGAGACCGAAUGUGUUAUUCGGGGACGCAAACACAAGCUGGAGUUUGAGAUUGUGAAAACCAGUCAAAAUCCUCUCCUCUCAGGCUCCACAUGCGAACGCCUGGGACUGAUGCAGUUCACUGUACCAAAUGACCUGCACAUUGUGGAUCAUGUCCAGCAUGGACCCCUGUCCAAAGAACAACUACUCAGCAGAUAUGACGAUGUAUUCAACAUGCCCGUUGAAUCAGUGCCUGGGGAGGUACACUUUGAAGUGGAUGAGAGCAUCACUCCAGUCCAGUGUGCUCCUCGCAAUGUGCCCAUUGCAAUGAAAGUGGCUGUGAAGGCCCAGCUGGACAAGUAUGAGGCCGAUGGCCACAUGACAUCUGUGACUGAACCAACUGACUGGAUUAGCAAUAUGGUCAUAGUGAAAAAACCAGAGAAGCUGAGGGUCUGCAUCGACCCAAAGCAUCUGAACCAAGCACUGAAACGAUCCCACUACAUCAUGCCGACACUAGAGGAUGUCCUCUAUAAGCUUCCCAAGGCCAGGAUUUUCACCUUGGUGGAUGCCCGAGAUGCAUUCCUUCAAUGCAAGCUAGACGAAGAAAGCAGCUUCAUGACUACCUUCUGGACCCCCUGGGGUCGGAAACGUUGGCUCAAGCUCCCGUUUGGUGUCUCAGUGGCGCCUGAGGUAUACCAACGCAAGCAGCACGAGUUACUGGCUGGGCUCAAGGGCAUUGAACCCAUCGCCGAUGAUAUCCUGAUCGUAGGCUGUGGUGAAACAGACGAAGAAGCAGAACGUGACCACGAUGUGAAGCUCCUGGCACUGAUGGAGCGCUGCCGAUCAGUUAAGCUUCGUCUUGGCCUGAAGAAGCUGCAGUUCAAGGUGAAAGACGUCCACUUCCAUGGCCACAUUCUCUCGGCAAAAGGCCUGAAGCCGGACCCAGACAAGGUCCAAGCGAUCCUCGACAUGCCAAACCCGUCUGAUGCAAAAGGAGUACAGCGUCUCAUCGGCUUUGCAAACUAUCUUGCAAAGUUCAUGCCACACCUAUCAGCAGUCUGUUGGCCAUAUCUGAAAGAGGAGACACCUUUCACAGUGAGAGAAUACUGGACCUUUCGAGAUGAGAUCAGUGUGCAAAAUGGCGUCUUGUUCAGAGAGACGGUCAUAAAGCGCUGCAAGGCGCAGUUUGCAAGGCAAGGUCAGCCUGACAAGGUAAUCACGGACAAUGGCCCACAAUUCACUGCACAGUUCAAGCGUUUCGCCUCAGAAUGGGAGUUUGACCACGUGACCUCCUCUCCAAGACACCCAAAAGCAAAUGGCAAGGCAGAAUCAGCUGUCAAGAUUGCAAAAAACCUGUUAAACAGGGCCUUGCGCGACAGCAACGACCCAUGGAAAGCGAUCUUACAGUGGAGGAACACACCCACCGAAAACAUGGACAGCAGCCCAGCACAACGCCUUCUGUCCAGACGUCUGAAGACUACUAUCCCCGUAGCUAACAAGCUACUUGAGCCCUGCGUCAUGGUUGGCGUCACGGACAAACUGCGUCACAGAAAGCAGCUCGCUAAGUGCUUCUACGACCGGACUGCUCGAGACCUACCAGAGUUGGAGGACCCGGGCUUCGCCGUGUUCCUGUUUGACAAGCUCCAGCACCUCCAGUGUCCACAUAGGGGCCCGUAUGCUAGAGAGGACAGCACCUGCCAGGUCUGUGGCACUGCCCUUCACCAACUGAGACGCCUGGCCCUGCAGAAAGCCUUGGGCCUCACCGGAGACAUGCCCGACCUGCAUCCUGGAGCCUUCUCCUCAGGGCUGACCCCCAGCCCUGCCGCCCACAGCGUGGUCACCCUACCCUGCCAGGACUGGUCCAUGGAGGACUCGCCAGCCAAGCAGCCACCCAGGUUCUAUGAUCAGAUUCCUGGGGAAAGGUUCAGGGGGGGACUCCAGGGUUGGGGUGGGAUCCAGAGCAGCUACAUGGGAGGCUCCAAGUCCACGGUGACUCCUAUACCACAGCACUUUCUGGAGGGAGUGUGGAGAGUCUCUCGUGUCAGGAGGGAUCAUCAUCCUCAUUCUGCUGUGACACCAGGCUUGACUCCUGAUCCAUACAGGAACUACAUGCCCAUUGCCCCUGGGAGCCCCAUCUACGACUAUGCCACCAUCACUCCUACCGUCCCCCAGCCCCAGCCCACCCCCACUCAAACCAGCCACACACCCUCCGCUGCAGCCUCGUUCUUCAUCAGGGCCGCCCAGAAGCUCAGCCUCUCGUCCAAGCGGAAGAAGCCCCAGCAGCCUCAGCUCCAGUCUCCGCCCGAACCUGCCGAGCCCCUGGUCUACACAGGUGGCUUCAGCGGCGCCCUGCAGCUGUCCCCGCCUGCCGUGCCGCCAUGCCUCCUCCGGGCCGGUUUAAAGGUCAAAGACACCCCGGGGAUGGGAAAGGUCAAAGUGAUGGUGCGCAUCUGCUCUGCCCAGGGCUCCAGCAACACCUCGGAGUCCAGGUCAUUUCUAAAGGUGGACGCCCGCAAGAAGCAGCUCACCCUCUGCGAAACGUCCGCUAACAGCCACUCCAGUGCUGCCCAGAGGCGCGCCGCCGCAGCCGCCCCCAAGAUGUUUGCUUUUGAUGCUGUUUUCUCCCAGGAUGCAUCACAAGCUGAGGUGUGCUCGGGGACGGUGGCGGAGGUCAUCCAAUCGGUGGUGAACGGUGCAGACGGCUGCAUCUUCUGCUUAGGCCAUGCCAACCUCGGUAAGACAUACACCAUGAUUGGUCGGGAAUGCUCCACACAGAGCCUGGGUGUGGCUCCCUGCGCCAUCUCCUGGCUCUUCAAGCUCAUCGAGGAACGCAAGGAGAAGGCCGGGGCACGCUUCUCGGUCCGUGUGUCCGCCGUGGAGAUCUCCGGCCGGGACGAGGCGCUGACCGACCUGCUGUCCAAUGUGUCCACAGGCAGCCUGCAGGAUGGCCAGUCUCCGGGGGUGUACCUGCGCGAGGACCCCAUCUGCGGGUCACAGCUACAGAACCAGACUGAGUUGCGUGCGGCCACUGCAGAGCGGGCAGCCUACUUUCUGGACGCAGCCCUGGAGGCACGAAGCACCAGCCGCCCUCACUGCGAUGAGGAGGAGAGGAGAAACUCCCACAUGCUCUUCACCCUCCAUAUCUACCAGUACCGCAUGGAGAAGAGUGCCAAAGGAGGAAUGUCUGGCGGCCGCAGUCGUCUGCACCUGCUGGAUCUGGGCAGCUGUGAGACAGACAUAAGUCGGACCCGGGAAGGAGGUGGAGGCCAGUGUCUGUCGCUCUCUGCUCUGGGAAACGUCAUCCUCGCCCUGGCCAAUGGGGCCAAGCACGUACCCUACAGGGAUAGCAAGCUCACCAUGUUGCUGAGGGAAUCUCUGGGCAACAUCAACUGCCGAACCACCAUGAUAGCACACAUCUCUGACUCACCAACCAAUUACAUGGAGACGCUCACCACCGUACAGCUGGCCUCGCGUAUCCACCGUAUGAGGAAGAAGAAAUCCAAGUAUGCAUCCAGCUCCUCUGGUGGCGAGAGUUCCUGCGAGGAGGGACGAAUCCGCAAACCACACUUGAGACCCUUCCACCCACGAACCGUGGCUCUUGACCCCGAUAUGCCCACAUUGCUGUCCAGCGACCCGGACUACUCAUCCAGCAGUGAGCACUCCUGCGACACGGUCAUCUACAUCGGUCCUGGUGGGGCCACCAUUUCAGACAGAGAGCUCAGCGACAAUGAGGGCCCACCUUCCUUUGUUCCGAUCAUCCCCUCGCUGAACAGGAAGCGCGGGAAAGACACCCAACGCCCGGAGGUGGAAUACUUCAAGUGCGACACGUUUGCUGAGCUCCAAGAGAGACUGGAGUGCAUUGAUGGCAGCGAGGGCCCAGCUGCCUUGACUGGGGAGGGCAAAGGGGCACACAUAGCCCCAAGGACCAAAAGCCCAGAGGAGGCUGUGUCCCCCAAGACUGUUAAAUCCCCCUCCCAAAAGCCUAUCAUUAGCACAACAACCACCCACACAGCUCCCGCUAAUUCUGAGCAGGAACAUUCCAAAUUGUCCUUAGAUGGAGGGGUCCCAGAGAGUCACAAACGGACAAGUGCAGAUGGGGAGAAGGUUCUGCCUUCUGCCUCUCCUUCUUUGCCAAGAUCCUCCAGAACACCCUCUCAGGGCCUGGAUGCUAUCUGCCGUGCACCCCCUGUGGGCAUGAGUCAGCAGGCCCUAAGGCAAGGACAACAUGGGGGGUCCCCGGUCCUGGAGAGGGCCCAUCAUGGCAGGAGUCCCAUGGAGAUGAGCCAUCUUCGGGCAGCAUUGAGGGGCAGAUGCCUGGAGAGAGAUGUCCUGAGGACCACGAUCACCCUGCAGCAACCUGUGGAGCUGAAUGGGGAAGACGAGCUGGUGUUCACAGUUGUGGAGGACCUACCCAUAGGCCUGGUCCCAGACAAUGGGCGGCCCUCCAGCAUCAUCAGCUUUAACAGUGACUGCUCCCUUCAGGCCCUGGCCUCAGGCUCCCGUCCUGUCAGCAUAAUUAGCAGCAUCAACGAUGAGUUUGAUGCUUACACAGCUCAAGAGUGUGCAUCUGGGGUGAGCUCAACCUCACAGGAGGAGAUGUUUGCCCAUCAUGGUAGCAGACAGUCUUCCAUCGGCUCCUGGCCGAGUGAAGUGAGCGUGUGCUCGCUGGAGAGCGACGGCACCCAUUCGACAAGUAGAUUCUUACAGAGGGCUAAAUGCAUGGCACCGGAGAACACCUCCAUAUUGUCCUCCCCUGGUAUAUUCCGUAGGGAGACAUUCUUGCAGCAUGGCCCCAAGAGCUCCCUAAAUGACAGUGGUGUCUGCUUCUCUGAGUUGGACAGUGACCCCGCCACCCCAAGCAAGCUCUCCCUAACUAAGUGCCCACCUUCUCCUGACUCUACCAAAGCAUCUCUCAGAGCAAACACUCUGAACACCUCAGCAUCUUCUCAGAUCCCACACCAUGCUGUUCACUCCAGUCUUCCCAGGAAAACCAAACCUACCUCAUCAGUUGCCCCAAGCUGCAGCAGGCAGGAAGGCAAGCAAGAUGAUCUCUGGUUGCAAGGGGCCGGCCAUUCGGAUCCUAGAGCGACUGAAUCCACUGUGGCGAGUAAGCCACCCAGAAAUGGCGUGAGUGGCCUCCCUUCCAGGAAGCCGGGAGGAAACAGCAACAGUGUACCUCGACCGCCGAAAGCACAGGUAUCCUCCUCAACUCAGAGGGUGGUAGACGGUUGUGAGAAGUCCAGCAGCAAGAAAGCAGAGACCAUAAGCAGGAUGCCACAGCUCAGGCGAGGCGCCACCACUCUUGGCACAGUGUCAGUCCCCCACAGUUCCCCUGAAUCAAAAUGGGGCCGCGAUGGUACUACAGGCAGUGGUAGUCUGAGAUUCUCCUCUUUGGGAAAGAAGGCAAAUGGACAGAAAAGCAGCAUGCUUCCAAAGUCUGGCUCUAUCUCUCCUCCUGCUCCACCUGUUCGCAAAUCAAGCCUUGAUCAAAAGACAAGGAUAGUCUUAUCUCCUAGUGCCUUAAGGACAGCCAGCGAUGCUGCAAGGUCCUCAUUGCCUAAAACAUCAGUAUCCGAGGAGGAAUUCGAUGUUCGAUUCAGAGGGGAUUUGUUUAGCUACAAAACAUCCAGCUUGAAGGCUGACCAUGGCUCAGCUAAGACAGCGUCAAGCCUGAAGACACGAGGAGCCAAAGGCGAUUCUGGAAGGUACUAUGGUAGCCUAAUGUCCUUGGAGAGAAGUGACAGUCUAACCUCAGUGAGGUCCAGACCUGGCCUGUCGAGAGAGAAUAGUGGUAUUAGUUUAGGAGACAAUGGAAAAUCCAAUAGAUCAGUGCCAAAACUUGGGGUUCCCACCUCCACUACUUCCACAUCCACUGCUACCUCUCCACCUUCCUCUACCACCUUUGCGACGACAAGCAAGUUGGGACAGCUCAAAGCUAAUGUCAACCCCAGGGCCAUAGUUGCCAGUGGAUCAAAGGCUAGAACUUUGUAUGCCAGUAGUUCCAAGACCCUUAACUACUCCACCAAAUCUGAUGAUGCGCCAACCGCACGCAAUGCCAGCCUACCUCCAACUGGGAAACCUCCAGCUCGUUCUUUGCCAGGGACCAAUGGUAAUGGCAAGCCUGGCAGGGGCACUAUCAUGGGCACCAAGCAGGCCAUCCGGGCUGCCAACAGCCGAGUUAGUGAGCUUGUGGCGGGAAGCCCAAGGAAACAUCUAAGCAGGAGUUCAGGGGACAAUGCCAACGAUAGCGGGGCAAGCGUCAGCGGGUCCCCUAUCAGCACGCCGCUACCCUCGCCCUAUAGCAAGAUCACAGCCCCACGGAGGCCCCAGCGUUACAGCAGCGGGCACGGUAGUGACAAUAGCAGUGUGCUCAGUGGGGAGCUUCCACCGGCCAUGGGGCGCACUGCGCUCUUCUACCACAGCGGGGGCAGCAGCGGGUAUGAGAGCAUGAUCCGGGACAGCGAGACCACAGGCAGCGCCUCGUCAGCCCACGACUCCAUGAGCGAGAGCGGGGUGUCCACCUCCAAUAGGAGUAGAGUGUCUAAAUCACCCAAGAAGAGAGGCAAUGGCCUCCAGCGGCGCCGUCUCAUCCCUGCUCCCCUGCCGGACACCUCCUCCCUGGGCAGAAAGGCUGGCGUACCAGGCCAGUGGGUGGACUUGCCCCCCUUGGGUGGGACCCUGAAAGAGCCCUUCGAGAUCAAGGUGUACGAGAUCGACGACGUGGAACGGCUGCAGAGGAGGCGAGAGGGUGCCACGGGGACAGAGCCAUUCCAGGAUGUGGAAAAGGGACUGCUGUACUUCAACGCAAGGCUGAGGAUGCUGGAGAAGAGGCAACAGCGGAUCAGGGAGCUGAGGGCCAAGCACGAGAGGUUGAGUGGGGAAUUGGAGGAUGCCAAGAGCAGGCUGAUGCUGGACCCUGGCAAGUGGACCGGAGAGUUUGAGGUGGACCCGGAUCUGGACAAAGAGUCCCAGGAGUACCUGGAGGCUUUGGAGCAGGCCACGGGCGAGCUGGAGUACUGUGUCAACCUAUGCAAGUCGCGUGUCAUGAUGGAGACCUGUUUCGACAUCGUGGUGUCGGCGACCGCUGUCACGCAAGGGGGGCAACAGAAAGGAGGUGUGGAGGUGUGAGAAAGCGAGAGCAAGUGAGAGAAAGUCGACGUGAAAGGGCAACGGAGCAAAACAAGCUGUUCAGAGCCUGAGAGACUGAUGAUAGAGUCAAAGGAGGAGAAAAGGCCGAUGGGAAAGAGGACUAACGUGAAAGUCAACCGGUGUAGGUUACAGAGGUUACCAUAUGAAUGGAUAAAGGAACAGAGGUGCAGGUGUGCUACUUGUACAGUAGAGAAAGCCUGGCUUCGAUCAGAGUACAAUUAAAUGGAACUUUGGACAAACUUUCUACGUUUCCUGUGGGAGGAAGGAAAGCUCUAACCAAGGACGACCGAACACCUUUGUCACCGUCACCAGAAUGUGCCUUGAUCAGACUGAUUCCAAGGGAAUAUCUUUUUUUUCUGAUCAGUGCUAGUCUUAAAACCAGCUUACCCGAGCAAACUCUAAAUGUAUUCCUUAUGAGAAAAAUUGUAUUUUGUACUGUAUUGUUGUAUAGUGUAUUUAUAUGAUUACAAAGUAUGUAAAAAAAAGAAUAUCUUUUUGGGUAUGAUGAAAAAACAAACCAUGAAUAAAAUGAGAGAAAAGCAAUAAGUUGAUCAUUAUUGCAUACCCGAACCUUUGCCUUUCUUUGUGUUCAAAAAUGUUUUACAGCCUUCUACGCCAGUAGUGAGAAGUUCUGUUGGCCAAUGAGUUUCCUUUGAGUAAGAACAAAUGUUACGCAAACGUUUGUAUCCGUUCCGAAUGUCUGCGCUAGUAGAAGGCUGUCAGGAUUGAUUUGAGCUCAAAACUGACUUACGGUUGGUUAUAAGCUCAGUUUGCAGUCAGUUGUGCAGAAAAAUGUACAAUCCAUACGGAAUGGCAUUGUCUCUUAUAGUUACCAUCAUCUUGCGAGAUUAUGAUCUGCAAGA